AACAGUGUGCAGCAGAUAUCAAAGCACUCACAAAAGGCCAGUUGAUGUAUGACAGCAACAGAGUUCAAGCAUGCUCGAUCAACAUCCAAGAAGGCAACAUAUUUUUAAGUGGAAUAGUUGGAGCAGCCAUGAAACAAAAAGUAUCAUAUAACUAUAAAAUCAGGCUUGACAAGAAAACAGGGGACCCACUCAAUUCCCAUUGUGAGUGUCCAGCAGGCAGAGGCCCCCAUGGCACAUGUAAGCACUUGGCAGCCAUAUUCAUUAUGAUGGAAGAGUUUGUCAGCAAUGGGGAACUGAAAGUUGAAAAAACAUGCACUGAAAAUCUGCAGAUGUUCAACAAACCAAAGUCUACAUAUCAUGGUUCGCCUGUUAAAGCUGAACACCUACCAACCAAAAGAAAGCUGUGUGAUGAAUUUCUUGAUGACCCAAGACCCCUAAAGUAUAGAAAUGAUGAAAACUUCAACCAUAGAGUGAGAAACCUCAUGCUGAAUUAUUGCAGCCAUACAUCAAAAGAUCUAUCCAUCAGAUAUUUAUACUCAAAAGCAGAUAUCCAGGCAGCAGCUAUUGAACACGACUACAGUACCAUACCAUUCACUGAACAUUGGGUUGAUCAUGCAGUUGAGGUUGAUGCAAAAAGGGCAAACAAAAUAGAACAGAUGACAAGAGGCCAAAGUGUAAGUUCAGCUUGGUACCAAGCCAGGGAAUGGAGGCUAACUGCAUCAAGAUUUGGGGAAAUAUGCAAGGCAACCUGUAGAAGAAACACCACCAAACUUUGUGCAUCUCUAGCUGGAAGGAACACUUUUUCAACCCAAGCAACACUCCAUGGGAAAAAUUAUGAAAAGAAGGCUUUAAAUGCUUUUCAAUCAAAAUCCAAACUACAAACCUCUGCAUGUGGUUUGUGUGUAUGUGUUGAAUAUCCUUAUUUAGGUGCAACACCUGAUGCCACUGUGGGUGAUGAUGGAUUGGUGGAAAUCAAAUGUCCAUUUAAGGGAAGGAAUGAACAAAUUAAACCAGGGAAAUGUUUUCCCUUUUUGAAAUAUGAUGACAAUGGCAAUACAGUGCUUAAAGAAUCAAGCAACUAUUUUGUUCAAAUUCAAGGACAAUUGUAUGUUUCUAAAAGAGAAUAUUGCUAUUUUGUUGUGUAUACAUUUUGUGAUCUUUUUGUUCAAAAGAUUGCCAUUGAUAAUGCUUACUGUGAUUCAUGUCUUAUACCAAAAUUACAAGUGUUUUAUAAGAACUUCUAUAGACCUUACAUUGCAUCAAAAAUGUAGAA